AUGUGGAAGUGUGAAAGGGGUGAGGCAGAGGCCAACGGCUGGGGAAGAGAUACCGGGAACGGAAAGGUCCAGAAGGGUCAGGAUGCUGGGAAGGUCCAGGAGGCCCGUUCACCAGCUGCGCCUCGCCCUCCCGGGGUCACCGUGGAGCAGGCCCUCGACAUGAUCCGACGUCUCCCAUUAGAGCUCCACAGUACAGCGGACAGGCCGAGCAAACCGAGCAGCCAAGCGGCCAUUACAAGCACACAGGAGAGCCGAGAGCCACUAUCACAGCUCGUCACACACUAA